AUGCACGAGCUGGACUACAUCCCCCUCGUCACGGGAAAGGGUUCAGCACCCUUGCGCAGGGGAUCUUCCCCUCCGCCCCCCAAACGCGCUCGGACGAACUCGCAGCAGAAACGCGCCGCCUCGAGAAAGCUUUCGGCAAGGGAGGCCAGCAGGACGCGGCAGCCCACAACGGCAGCGUCGUCGUCGUCGUCGUCGUGCUUUGUGGUGCCCGACGGGGAGUCAGUGACGCUGUGCCCUCCGUGGCCCUACCCUCAACCCUCGCAGCUGCCCAACACGGGCGGCCGCCCCAACGGGCGCGUCAACGCGGCGCGUCUGGUGGAGGACGGCUGGACCAAGACUGACCUCUGCUCCCGCAUCGCUCGCCACCCCGACCGCUUCGCCGGCAUCGACAUGGUCGUCCUCUACGAGGAGAGGAGGAAAAAGAAGAAGCAGCAGCAGCUGGAGGCCGCCGCCGCCGCCGCGCAGGCGGGCGCGGAAGGAGCUGGUGCGUCGUCGGACAAGAAGUCGAGUGGCGCCACCAAGAAGCGCAGGCCCCAGCCCGCCAAGGCCGACUGA